AUCGAAUUUCAAGAUUAAAAAAAGAAUAUCAAUUUCUAUUAUUAAACACACAGAAAAUAUUUUUGACAAAUGAUUGUUGUAAAAUCAGGAUCACAUUACAAAAUGACAUUAAACUUGCUGAAUUUCGUAAUAUUCUACGUUUUAGGAACAAAUCGAUUUCAACAAAUGACUCCAUAGUAUUUGGAUUAUUUGGAAAAUUUAAAUUAAUUAUAAAUUAAACAAGAAACGCCAAUUGAAAAAAACAAAAAAAAAAUGUACAAAAUUUCAUCAGGAAAUUUUUUGGGUAACAUUACCGUUGAAGUUCGUCCACGUCUUCGUUCAUGUAUUGUUUUCAUUUAUAUCGGUGACAAUGAUCCAUCAUUAAUUGAUGUGAAAUUAUCAGAAACAAGUAUAAAAAUUAAAUGUGAGAAAAUUUCAAAAAAUCUAAUUUUACCAUCAGUAAAAUUACUUCCAACUUCAUUGUCAUCAUUACGUAUCACCAGCAAAUGGAUUUCAUUUCGCGUACAAACAAAUCCAGAUACUAUUUUUGGAACUUUUAAAACAGAAAUUAUGAAUGACAUUGCACGCACAAUAACAAUGGAAAAUUCAUUAAUAAAACAAAAUUUACCACAAAUUGGAUCUCAAUUAUUAUUACGUUGUAAAUGUUGUGAAAAUAUUAUAACAAACAUAAUAAAUUGCAAACGAGUGUUACCAUUACCAAAUAGAGAUUGUGAUCCAGGUGAAUGGUUUUGUUGUAAACAUACAAAAGUUGAUUUUGCCAAACUUCUUAUACCUCAGGAUACUGAUUAUUUUUAUGGUCCAGCAUUUUGUGUUUUGAAUAAUAAUAAUUUUCAAAAUUUAAUUGAAAAAUAUAAUACAAUAUUGUGUAAAAAAUGUUUAACUAUUUUGGGUAUUAAAGAGGACAAUGAAUCAAUGAGAAUUUGGAAUUGUUGUGUUGAACGUAAAAUUAAUGAUGAUAAAGAAUUUCAAUUAAUAUGUCAAUCACCAUUGGAUGAAUUUGUAUCAACAAUAAAAGAUUGCAGUGAAAUAAUGGGCGAAGAAAUUCUUAUGGAAGCAUUAGAAGGUAAUAAAACACAUUAUAUUUUAAUGAAACCAAUGGAAUGGCAAUUGGAAUUACUUACAGAAUCAAAUAUUAAAUGGGAAGGUGAAUCGAUACGUUUAAAAAAAUCACAAGUUAUUAAAGUAUUUUAUAAAUAUGGCGAAUGCAAAAAAUCAGUUAGAAAUGAAUUUGUUCAUUCGAAAUAUUAUUUAAUUGCUCUACCACUUUUAAUUGCUGGUAUAGAACAUUUAAUUUGUUCAACAAAACGUUUUCCACCAUCAUAUAGAACAGUAACGCAAUAUUGUGUCGGUUAUAUAAAUAUAAAAAAUUCCUUUACUCAUGGAAUUUAAUAUUUGUGUAAAAAAAAAAUUAAUUUCAUAUGUAAAAAUUUAAUAUUUUGUUUAAAUUAGUGUUUGUACAAAAAAAAAAAAAAAAAAACUGUAAAGAGAAACGAGAUUUUAUAUCUUUGAUAAAAAUAAAAAUAAAUUUUCUAUUUUUCUA